AUGAUCUGCGCGGCAUGCGCUUUUACGUACUGGCGUUUCUACAUAGUGGGUCGGGGCAAGAACAAGGAUCAGAAGCGCAUCCUCAAGAUUGACCGAUCUGAGCCGUCGGAGCUGGUGCUGGUGGAGGAUCCGACGGUGUACACCGCUCGACAGUGCUCUGCUCUGCUGCAGCAACUCGCAGAGGGCAAUCGCAGCUCCGGGGGGCUUCGCUUGGUCACCAAGGCCUAUGGCAUCGUCGGGUGUGUGCGCUUCCUAGAGCCCUGGUACCUCAUUCUGGUGCGGCGCCGGCAGCAGGUGGGGUGCAUGAGGGGGCAUGCAGUGUUCCGCAUCGAAGAGAGUCUCGUGCUCACCGUGCCCCACGCCAGCGUGCACACGAGCGUGGCUUCCAGCACCAUGGAGCAGCGGUACAAGAGGCUGCUGUCAGGGGUGGACCUCACAAAGGACUUCUUCUACUCGCACUCCUACCCCGUCAUGCGCUCGCUACAAGACAACGUCUGCCGUACCGUCGCCGGGUGCACCGAGUGUGGCAGCAGCUGCAUGUCCCAUAUGGAUCACAUGGCCCACAUGGCCCACGAGCACAUGUUUGUGUGGAACGCCUUCCUCACACGCCCCAUCCGCCAUGCCCUCGGCACCAACCGCUGGACUCUCGCUCUCUCCCACGGCUUCUUCCACCAGGAGCGCAUGUCCAUCUUCGGGCGGGUCAUCUCACUUGUCUUAAUCGCCCGCCGCUCGCGCCACUUUGCCGGCACGCGUUAUCUCAAGAGGGGGGUGAACGACCGGGGGCGAGUGGCCAACGAGGUGGAGGUGGAGCAGCUGCUGCUCGACCACUCCCACGAACCCAUCCUACCGCCUCCCACCGCUCUGCACCGUGAACCCAUCCUACCUACCGCAUUGCACCGUCAGCCUAUGCCUGUUUCCACUCACCCAUCCGUCCCCACCUCUCAUCCCCAGCAACACCAAUCCAUUUACCAUCAUAGGCAGCAGCAACAUGCCACGUCGCCACCCCCUUCCCCUGCCUCCUCCUCGCCUUUUCUGCUCAUCCAGCCCUUCCCAUCCCUCCCCUCCUCCACAACUCACCCUCCUCCUAUCAGCCCCAGAGAAUACCUUUCCCAGAUAACACCUGUUUUCAUGGAUGGUUCUGCAGGUUACGCAGCAGUUACAGGUUCACCAGCAGAAGCGACGGCGGUGGCGGCAGCGGCAGCAGCAGCGGCAGCAGCAGCGGUGGCGGUGGCAGCGGUGGGGGCGGCGUCAGCAGCAGCGGUGCCAGCGAUGGCGAGUGUGGUGCAGGUGAGGGGAUCCAUUCCCCUCUUCUGGUCGCAGCAGGCAUCAAGACUCAGCCCCAAGCCAGACAUCGUGUUGCAUCGCUACGACCCCAUGUACACGGCAGCGCGGCUGCACUUUGAGAACCUCAUGGAGCGGUACGGCCGCCCCAUCAUCAUCCUUAACCUCAUCAAGACAGUGGAGAAGCACCCUCGUGAGAUGAUUCUUCGGAGGGAGUUCGCGAUGGCAGUGGCGUAUCUCAACCGCGUGCUGCCCCGCCCCUCCGCCCUCACCUACAUCCACUGGGACUUCUCCCGCUACGCCAAGAGUGCAAACGCAGGCACCACUCCAGCAGGGGUCACCAGUGCUGCAGCAAGCGCACUCAGCACUCUCACCACCACUCCCAACGUACCCACCAUUCCCAACACACCCACCACACUUCACACCCUUACCAGUCAUCCCAGUCCCUUCUCCUCCUUCCCCUCCUCCUCCCUCAUCCCCUCCUCCUCCUCCUCCCUCAUCCCCCCGUCCUCCCCUUCUGCUUCCUCCUUCUCGCUCUCACCUCCUUCGCUCUCUCCUCGCGCCACCAACACCAGCGGCACCAACGUCCAAGCAAGCAGUGGCAGCGGCAGUAGCACCGGCGCCAGUGCGGAAAAUGGCAGCAGCAGUGGGAGCAAGGGCAGUGUGGCGGAGGGGGUGUUGGGUGCGCUGGCAGCGAUCGCUAGAGAGUGCCUUGCCAAGACUGGCUUCUUUUACUCCGGCCAGCUCGCCAGGGCUGCCACCAAGACGUGCUUCUCGUCCCGCCCCGCCGCCCCUCCCGCUGCUGCCGCCGCUGCUGCUGUACCCAGCACAACCGGACCGGAGGAGGGGGGCGGAAUCAGACCAAGCAGCAAGGGAGGAGCAGCUGCAGCAGCAGCAGCAGCGCAGGAGGAGGAGGCAGGGAGAUGGGUGCGUCCCCCACAGCUGCAGCAAGGAAUAGUCCGAACCAACUGUCUGGACUGCCUGGACCGCACCAACGUGGCCCAGUUCGUGUUCGGUCGAGAGGCCCUUGCCCACCAGCUCUACUCCUUGGGAAUCACAGAUUCGCCGCACCUGGACAGCAAGAGCGACGUGGGGAGGCGGCUGCAGGGGAUGUACAUCGCGAUGGGGGACGCCCUGGCGCUGCAGUAUGGGGGGUCGGCGGCGCACAACCUGGUGAUUGCUGAACGGCCCGGCACGUGGCGGUCUACGCUGCAGUCUCAGGAGGUGCUCAAGUCGCUGCAUCGGUACUACAGCAAUGCCAUCACAGACGCUGAGAAGCAAGACGCUAUCAACCUCUUUCUGGGUCACUUCCAGCCGCGGGCAGGGCAGGGAGCCAUCUGGGAACUGGGGUCGGACCAGCACCUGCAUGGAGCCACAGGGAGGGGCGCUCAGGCGGGGGAGGUGGGGGCGGAACAGGGGCAGCUGGGGUUGAGUGGAGGGAGGGGAGUGGAGGGGGGUGGAAUGAUGGGAGCAGCAGCCAUGCCGUCUGCUUCCUUCUCGCCCAGCCUCGCAUCGCUCCCCGAUGUGUCCGAUGCCCCACCUCCUCCCAUGGACCUCGCACUCCUCCCCUCCCACGUACCCCUGUGGCUGCCCUCCCCUCCUCCACCCCCCUCUCCCCCUCCUCCCGCUUCUCACGCUCCCUCCUCCCGCCCCUCUCCCCCACCUGCCUCGCUCAAGCUCACCUCCUUUGACCGCCUGCUGGGGGCAGGCGCUGCAGCAGCAGGGGGAGGUACAGCCGUGCGAGUCUACCCUGAAAACAGCAGGGGGAGUGGCAGUCAGGGUGGUGGUUUGAGGAAGGAGGGCGGCGACAGGGUUGUGCAGGAUUGGAGAGGUGUGAGGGGAGGUGGAGAGGUGUGUGGUGGUGGGAAGGGAUUGGGGAGGGGAAGAGGUGCGGAGGUGGUUGAUCCGAGGGAAUGGGCUGGGGAGUUGAAGGAGUGUGGGUAUGUGUUUCUGCACGAGAUCACGCCAGAUACUCCACACAGUGCUGCCGUUGCUGCUGCUGCGGGUUCUACUGGUCCAGCUGCUUUUGGUGCUGGUAGCAGCAGUGUGGGAGCAGCGAGGGCUGCGUAUCCGGCAUUGCGGAGAGAUGGAGGGGAGGCGAGUGCGUUGCACCUGGCGCAUGCAUGCAUGGACGGCUCUUCAUGGCACUUCUACCAGAGGCCAUGUCCUGGAUACACCCUCAUCAACCUUCCUGCAACCCUCAUCAACUUCUCUUCACCCCUCAACACCUCUCCCCCACGCCGUUUUUGCUCUCCCUUCUCUCAACCCCCGGCACCCACCAGCUUCCUCGCAUCCAUUUCAUCCUCGGCAACACGAGGAGUGAGGGGCGAGGUAUCCUGGGGGCACUACCUCGCAUCCGUGCCCUCCCUCAUCCCCGGCAACACCUUGGCUUCUGUGGGGGGUGACGGUGCACACACACACGAGCAGUCGGGCAUGCAGGGAGCAUGGCCUUUAGAGCUGCAGGGCUUUGGUGCACUUAACAGCCCAGGAGUGACGAGAGGAGGAGGGGGGGAGGCGCCAAGGCUGGAUGAGAUGCUGGGAGGGUGGGCCGUGGCAGAGGCAGCAGUGGAAGACGCGAGGAGAGCAGAGGAAGCAGAGGAGGUGGUGCGAAAAAAAGCGGAGCUUUUGGGUGGUGACUAUGGGGUGAGUGUGCCCCAUGUGCUGCCUGCUGUGGUGUGUGCUGGGCUCAUGGAUGGGUGGGUGGCACAGAGUCAGGCUGACAUGAGAGCACCGUUCCAGCCGUUGCCGUACUGA